UAUAAUAUUACAUAUUCCACUGAUGUGAAACGAUAAGAAAGCUGGAAUUCUCGAUGGACCAGACGAUUCGUCUUACACAAUCUAAACCGUCACCUAGCCGAACCUUACGUAGAUUUUGAAACGUCAAGUCCUACAGAAAAUUUCUAGUGAUUCAACCACUUUUUCAUUACGUCAUUAUAUUUCGAUAGCACAACAGGACACAGGCUCUUUUAAUUUCGCAAAAAGCAAGAUGAAGUGGUUCGAAGGUAGCAUCAACGAAGCAGUGGCAACAUCAAAAUCUAGGAAAGCAAUUUUCGUCGUUUUUAUUGAAGGCAAGGAUGACGCAUCUGUACAAUUUGCUGAAGCAAUCAAUGCCAUGGAAGUUUCCAACCGACUGGAACAAGAUGAUUUUGUAGCAAUAAGAUUGGAAAGUGGAUCCGAGACUUAUGGCUUUUUUACUCAGAUUUACAAAUGGGUAUCUGUGCCAUCUUUAUUCCUUAUUGGCGAAAAUGGUGCACCUUUGGAAAUUAUUGCUGGCAAUACAACAGCUGCUGAUUUAGCUUCUAAAAUUGACUUAGUAUUAGCAAAAGUAGGAAAGAACAAAAAUGCAUCUACCAACUUAAUAGAUGCAGAACAGAAAACUACUGCAGACAGCAAUAUGACAGACUCUAAUGUAAAGGUUGAUGUAGAUGAGAAAAAUACCAAUGCAAUACAAUCGAAUGUGCAACACAAUGAAGUACCACAAGUACCCCUGGUGCAAACUGUCUCAAACAGUGAGAGUAGUGACGUAAUGAAAAGUAACAUAAAAGAGGAACCGUCGACAAGUUUGAAAGCCAGUGGAUCAUCGGAAUCGGUUACAGAUACAACUGGAGCACCCAAGGAGCUAACAACAGAAGAAAAAGUAGAAAGAGCACGGAAAUUAAUAGAAUUACAGAAGAAACAACGCAUAGAGGAGGAGGAGAAGAAAGAGAGAGAAAGAGAAAUAGAACGACGUAAAGUUGGUCAAGAUGUACAAAACUUGCGAAGAAAACAACAAGAUUUAGAGAUGAAGCAAGCUUAUGAAGAAAGAUUGAGGGAAAGAGCUGAUGAUGCUUUGGCUAGAGAAAGGAUCUUGCAACAAAUUGCUCAGGAUAAAAUAGAAAGAAAGCAAAGAGAAUUAGCAAAACAACAGCAACAAGUAAAACCAACCAUCAAUCCACCGGAACCACCGGAAUCGUCGUCACCAAUGACAACAAUCAUCAGAAUACAGUUUCGAUUGCCAUCCGGCAAUCCUUACGUUGCGCACUUCGAACCAACAACUACCCUACGCGAGUUACGUACUUACGUUGUCCAGAACAUCGAUUUACCUUUCCGGCAAUAUGCAAUGUCCACCUCUUUUCCGAGACGAGAAUUAACGCACGAGGACGAUGAUAAAUCUCUCAUAGAAUUGGAACUGGUUCCUACAGCAGUUAUAUUGAUCUUGCCUCUAAAAACUCCAAAUGCUACGACAACCGUUACAUCCGCACAAGAUGUUGGUGUUGUACCACGAUUCAUUUGGUCUACUUUCGCAAUUUUUUCAGCCGUUUAUUAUUAUGUAAUAGGCUACUUUACUGGUGGACGCAGAGAUGUACCGAAACCACCGAGCAGCUCUGCUGAAAAUAAAAAUGCAGAAAAUAAUGCGAGUGGUGCGGUUGCAUCAAAUGUCCAGAGUACUGCUAGCACUUCAGGUUUGGUUAGAAGAUACGUAGGCAAUCGAGUAAGCACCACCAUAAAAACUGAAGGAAACGUACAUAGAUUGCACUCAGGUGGAGAGGAUAGUGAUGAAAAUAAUACGUGGAACGGUAAUUCAACGCAACAAAUGUAGACUAUUAUAAAUCGACGAAGUUCCAGCGGGUUUUACUGUUUCGCUAAUCAGAAUUUUAGAUACGCAACAGAUAUAUCUUCGAUUACAAAUAUAUUUUGUUAAACUUUUAUACAUUUUUGUCCUAUCGAUAUCACAAUCGAUGGUCACGUUUUCACGGCUAUGAUUACGAUGACAAUUUAUUUAAAGGAUCAACAAUUUGCAGUUACGAAGAGAAGUUUAUCUGUGUCAUAUACUCAAUGAGAAAUAUUCAAUUAUUUGCAAUGCUGCGUUACUUCACAUUAUUGAAAUCAAUAAUCUUACUAAUCACUUUAAUAAGUUAAAAAUGAUAUAAGGACCAAACGCAGUCAUCCAACUGCAAUACGACAGAUGAGCUGACAUGAAGUCGAUUUCGAAUAUAUAUCCCUAUAUUCGUAGUAAGAGUAUCAAACUUAUUGAAGGUCUUAUUUUAGGUCUAUCUUAGGCACGUGUAUUCUCAGAUUUAUUUAAAACAAAAAUUAUUUUAUUAUAUCAUGUUAAUCAAAGUUACUGUAUUUUCGGAUAAGAAUUGUGUU